GUUGCUAUUCUACGGUUCUACCAACAAGACUCGUUCAAACUUCAAAGGACGGCGGCUAAGCAGGAGAGAGCUAAGAUUUGGGCUUUCGCGAUUUGAAUCUCAAAGGCCUUCCCUAUAUUGAUUGAGAGCAGAGAUUCGAAUCCGGGUGGUCUAUUGCGGCGGAUGAUCUAAACAGUAGGUGGAAAACGGGAAGGAUGCGAGGAAGAAGAUGUGGAAGCAAAUCAGGGAUAGAGAAUCAGGGAGACUUCGCCCUAAUUUGUACCGUAACCGAGUUGAGUUGAGCCGACUCGCCUCUCUUCAACUCUCCAAUCACAAAGAGAUCGUCUCCCCUCACCGCGCCUCCGUCAACUCUCUUCAGGUUGAUUUGACAGAGCAAAGAUAUUUACUAUCCUGUGCUUCGGAUGCAUCAGUUGCUGUUUAUGAUGUCCAACGUGCAACAGGUCGCGAGGGAGGUGGAUUGAUAUGUAAGCAUAAGCCCCUUUUUGUUGUUGACAAACGGCAUCAACAGGGUCACAAAUAUGCCGUUUCUACAUCCAUCUGGUACCCAGUUGACACUGGACUGUUUAUCACGGGUUCAUACGAUCAUCGCAUCAAUGUAUGGGACACAAACACUACACAGGUGGCUGUCGAUUUUAAAAUGCCUGGAAAGGUUAAUAAGUGUGCCAUGUCUUCUGUGGCAACAUCUCAUAUGUUAAUUGCCGCUGCAACUGAAGAUGUACAAGUCCGGCUUUGUGAUAUAGCUUCAGGCGCCUUUGCUCACACUUUAUCUGGACAUCACGGUAUAUGCUGCGAUUUGUGAUUUUUUUAAAAACUCCCUCCGUCCCUCAAGAGGUUCCACUAUGGAAGUGACUUGGUUAUCGAGAAAGGUAAAAUUGUGUGGUUGAAGUUGAUGCAGGGGAGAAAGAAAUGACAUGAGCAUAA